AUGUUGACCCAUAACAACGUUUCGCUGACAUUUCACUCUAGCUUCCCCAGCUAUGGCUAUGGUAGCACGGGGGGUUAUGGUGCAGAAUAUGGAGCCGGCCAGCCAUAUGGUGAGUUCCCUGCGGGUCAAACUUACGGAGCGUACGGUGCACCUCAGUAUGGCAUGGAUGCUCAAUAUGGCAGAGUGCCUGAUACGACAGCUUCCUUCAAUACCUAUGGAGCAGAGUACGUGCCACAAAGCGUGAACCAGGGUUACACGAGCUAUUACGGCAAUGAUGGCCUAGCUCCAGCUCCAGCUGUUCAAGAUCCUACCAAGGCAUAUGGGAGCGAACUUCCUUCUUAUGGGUUGGAUUUCUCUGCGAAUGGCGACUCUCAAACAGCGCCACUUGAUCUUCAAAUGGAUUCUGCAGGAAUUGAUCAAUUACAGGUAGACAGCAAUCAGACCCAAAGUGAUUCAAUCUCCCCACCCACCUCUGAAUCUGCAUAUCAGCAGCCAGUUUCUAACGAGUCUGUCUCGAGAUUAUCUCAACAAUUCAGCAAUACUUCAAUUGGAUCACCCAGCUCCUCUGGCACGGACAAACCCAAAAAGUGGGCUGACCCGAUCGCCAAGUCGAAGCCAAAGCAAGCAGAUGUGGUAUCAUCCACGGCAACCGUUGAUCCAAAGAGUAUCGAUACUAGCAGUGCCAACGUUUCAGACGUGAGGAAGAUGUGGCAACAAGCAGCUCAAAAUGCCCCGCCUCCUAUGCCGAAGACGAAACUUGGGAUCCUUCUACCGGCCACAGAAGCAGUUUCAACUGUGCACACUGUUGGCAUGGUUGAUAGGAGUUCGUUUGCAUCAGUACAUUCUCGCGUCAACUGGAAGAAACCACCUUCUUCGGGUGGUACAGGCAAAUUGGACGACUCAAAGGAUGACAAGCACGACGCUUCACACAACUUCUCCGUUGAUGAGUCACAUGAUGGUCAUGAGCACCCCAGUGUUUCAUCUACUCAGCAGCAGCAGCAGCAGCAGCAGCAGCAAGCGCAGAAGCCCGUGAUGCAAUCUCCUCAAAUCCUCGACUUUUCGUCGGACCAGUUCAAGGAACUCAUGAACCAGAUUGAGACCGGUGACGCAGAUCAAAAAGCUUAUGCGGCCAUGGAAUUGCAGACAAUGGCUUUGGAUUCUAGAUCACAAGUGCUGAUGGCACAAAAUGGAGCUAUUGGACCGUUGGUGAAGCUACUUCAACCCGGAGACCCAAUGGUGCAAGCCAGUGCUGCUGGUGCGUUGUGGAAUCUUGCUGCAAAUGAACAGAACAAAUUUGCAAUUGCACAAGCUGGUGCGAUCCAACCGCUAGUUGCGAUGCUGUACUCAGAUGUCCGCGAGGCACAGUUGAGCGCUGCUGGAGCAUUGCAGAACUUGUGUGUAAAUGCUGCGAACAAGAAGACUGUUGCGGCCGCUGGUGGCAUUGAAGCGUUGAUGAUGCUGCUCUCGGACAAGGAUAGGCACGUGAAGGCCAAGGCCGCUGGAGCUUUGCAGUCCCUUGCGGUUGACGAAGAGAAUCAAAAGAAAAUCAAGAGUCUUGGCGCCAUCCCCCUCAUCACCAAGUUGCUCUCGUCGAGGACUGCUGAAGUUCAGAGCAACGCAGCUGGCGCGCUGCAUAACUUGGCAGUCAACGACGAGGAUGCACAGGAGGCAGUCGCUAUGGCUGGGGCCAUUCCGCCCCUUGUGUCUCUGAUGCAGAAUGGGUCGCCAGAUCUACAGGCCAAGGCUGCUGCAACAAUCUGGAGUAUUGCGGGGCGUGAGGACAACAGGAAGCGGAUCAUGGAGGCCGGUGGUAUCCCUCCUCUGAUCCGUAUGAUCCAGUCGAACCACUUGGACUGUCAGUCGAAGGCUUCGGGUGCCAUCCGCUGCCUCACCAUGUCGAGCUUCACACGCCCUGAAUUCGAGAAAUCAGGAGCGAUCCCCCACCUGGUUGUCCUCCUGUCCUCCGGAAACCAAGAAGUCACAAUAAACGCUGCCGGCGCCCUAGAAAACCUAGGGUGCCGAUAA